CUUGGAAACAUGACAGAUGAGCGUCAGAUGGUGCCCCAAGGAGGUGGCAUUCUGGGACGUUUUGAAAACGUUCGUGUCAAAAAAAGUGCCAAGAAAACGGUCACAUGUGAUGCGGCAACUCCUGAGUAUUUGCGGUAUGAUUUCUUAAAACCUCAGCAUUUGCCAAUCGAACGCAUCGAUGAGGAAGCGAACUUUGCUGCUACCUCCAACAUCAAUGAAACGCGUUUUCACAAGGGCUUUCAUCGUCGUCAUCAGGCAGACAUUCAGCAGGAUGCUGCACGGUUGGAGCAUGAAGCAGCACGUGAGCAAGCGCGCGAGGAGAGAGUGGCUGGACAAGUCGCAGCAGCGCGGCAAUUCCGCGAAAAGUGUACUUUUAACAUUUUGACUGGUGAAGGAACUGGACGAGAGUGUGAGUUUCAGCAUUUGGGAAAGAAAAUUGUCAACCCGUACGGAAACAUGCAGGCAACCUUCGUAGAACAUGACAAAGAGGAACGACACCGAAUCAAGAACUCCAAGCACAGAUUCUUUGAGCAUCCAGCACCUCGGAAGGAGGUGAGAUCUGCAAACAUUUUCCACGAAGGGUUGCAGGAAACGGUGAAAGAGUCUGCAAUCAUCGGUUACGGCAGGAGCGGUGUUUCUCGCACAAGGGCUCGCUCGUGUGGUGUUGCAGACAACUUUGCUCACCUUCAUGCUCUUCCACCCGAACCUGAUUGGGAAAUUCCACGCAAUGGAAACUCGAGUCAGAUCAUUCUUGGCUGAUAUAAUUCGUGUAGCUGCUUGAUCAUGUGCUAUUUUUUAGAUGGCACGACCAGGCAGAAUUGCUGCCGGUCAUGUUUCACCCAAAAGAAAGGCCCAAGCACACAGAGAUCCCUUCGUAGAUAUGGGGACUACAGCAUUGUUUCGCAGUUUCGCACACAUGCAGGAGGUGAGAUGAGUUCAGUUCAGACCCAAAUGGAAAGCACGCUUGGUAGUUUGGUAGGGUCUUAAAUAGUUCUGGCAAUGCCUGUGUCAAAGGCGCAGCUUGCAUGGACCUGAAUGUAUCAUGUCGUUUGUGAAAGAAA